UGGCCAGCAGAGUGGAGCAGAGGCAAGGAGAGUGGAGAAUUACUGACAGAGGGGAGGAGGUGAGCAGACUGUGACAAGCCUUGAGGAUUGCUGAUAAGACGAGUCUCACAGUUCAUUUAAUUGGCAUCCUGCUACAUCGUCUCUGUACAUGAACUGUGAUCUGGCCCUUUCUGAACUCAGCAGUACAAAAGUAACGACAGGCAGCAGCUUGAAAUCUUCUGAAAAGUGACAGCAGAAGGAGACCAAAACAUUCAUUCAGUCAGUCAGCACGCCCGAAACGAUGAGCUUGAACGUCCCAGGACUUGUGGUGAUGGUGUUCUUCUACCUGCUGGUGCUGGGCACUGGGAUCUGGGCUUCCAUGAAGUCAAAACAAGUCCAGGACAGCAGCAAGGGGAACAGGACAGAGAUCACUCUGCUGGGCAACAGAGGGAUCAGCCUGGUGGUGGGAGUCUUCACCAUGGCAGCUACAUUUGUUGGCGGGGGUUACAUUGUUGGUCUAACUGAGGCAGUGUACAAUCCAACCAUGGGACUGGCCUGGGCUGUCAUGCCAAUAACUUCACCGAUUUCUCUCAUUGUUGGUGGAAUUCUCUUCGCCAAGAAAAUGAGAGACAGAAAAUAUGUGACAAUGAUGGACCCAUUCCAGAUCAAGUAUGGAAAUGCAAUAAGUGGAGUUCUGUCUGUGAUACUGGUGAUAGGUGACAUAUUCUGGCUUACAGCGACUCUCAUUGGUUUAGGCACAACAAUGAGUGUAAUCCUGGAUUUAUCCUACACUCUUUGCAUUUGGAUCUCUGCUGCAGUGGCAAUCAUCUACACUCUGAUGGGAGGCCUGUACUCUGUAGCCUACACAGACAUCAUACAGCUGACCCUCGUAUUCUUCUUUUUGUGGUUAUGUGUCCCCUUCAUCCUGAUGAACCCCCAUUCAGCAGACAUAACUGAGACUGCUUUUAACUAUACCUACCAGGCCCCCUGGAUUGGGUCAGUGGAUGGAGACAGAGCAUGGAGGUGGAUUGAUAAUGUUUUAAUAUUGACCAUUGGUAACAUUGGAUAUCAGGACUUUCACCAGAGGACCCUGUCAGCCUCAUCAUCAGCAACAGCCAGGAUGACCUGCUUUAUUGCUGCACCACUUGUCUUCGUACUCGGAAUUCCAUCUGUGUUGAUUGGAGCGGUCGCAGCAUCAACAGACUGGAACAUGACAGCGUAUGGCUCCCCAUCUCCAUAUGAGCGUGGAGAACCUGGACAGAUUCUGCCCAUUGCUCUGCAGUACCUCAGCCCACCCUAUAUCUCCAUCAUUGGUAUUGGAGCUGUAGCUGCUGCAGUGAUGUCUUCAACAGAUUCAGGUUUACUGGCAGCCUCUUCUAUCUUCACAUCCAACAUCUAUAAGAACAUCCUGCGGACCAAGGCAUCAGACAUGGAGCUCCAGUGGGUGAUCCGCAUCUCUGUGGUGUUGGUGGGCUUGGCUGGCACAUCUCUCACCUUCCUACAGAACAGCAUCAUGGUUUUCUGGAUCCUGGGCUCAGCUAUAGCAUACACCAUCAUGAUCCCUCAGCUAAUCUGCGUCCUUUACUUCAACAUCUGUAAUGGCUAUGGAUCCAUAAUGGGUUUGCUAAUCGGGGUGUUGCUGAGGGUGCUAAGUGGCGAGCCAUCCAUAGGGUUGCCUGUUGUUCUUCAUUUCCCAGGUUGCACUCUGGAGGACAACAAAUAUGUCCAGCGUGCUCCUGUUAACACUAUCUGCAUGUUGUUCAACAUGUUUGCCACUGUGUUGUUCUCUUACCUGGCCUCUGUGCUCUUCAAGAAAGGACUGAUUUCUGAGAGGUGGGAUGUACUUAAAGUCAAAACACACAAACCAGGACAGAGCCCUACAUUGAUGGGCAGAACAAAUGAAGAGAAGCAUGACGACCAGAAUGAGGCUGAAUUGAUGUCAAUGGCCAGAAAUCAGCAGGAUAGAUAGAUAGAUAGAUAGAUCUUUAUUUGUCCUUAAUAAGGAGA